GAAGAUUAUUAGAAACAAAACAUCAGGUUACUGACUAGGUUUCCAGAGGUAGUAGGGUUUCAUUUCUAUUUUUAGCAAUAUCUGCAUGUCGUGAAAGAAUAUUACUUCUUGGUUUAAGUGGUUAUGGUUAUAAAUACUUUUGCAUCAAAUAAGUAGAUAUCCACAAACCUUUGUAAUAAUCAUCAGGGUGACAAGGGAUAAGGUGGGUCUAAAAAUGAAGUCAACCCCAUUCUUUGUAUUCACAGUUUAAAGACGGAAAUGGAGGGAAUCCCAAGCCAAUUUGCUAGCUUGUUGCUGGUUUUUGGAGCUAUAUUGGCCGUGGUAUAACAAGGAAUUGGCAUUGGUCGGCGAGAACAGGUAAAACAAAACAUCAAAACAGCCAGAAACGAACAUCCCCAGAACAAGAAAAACCAAGAUAUAAGAAGCUAAGAAGAGGAAAUUAAAGCAAUAAUCCCUCCAGCUGAAUGUAAAAGUUUUGUAUGGAAACAUGCAUAUGAGGGAAGGCCUUGCUUUGGCUAUAGCAUUGGUGGUUCUUGGAAUUCAGGCAGGCUUGUCAGAGAUUAACAGAGCCAGUUUUCCAAAGGGCUUUGUUUUUGGGACUGCCUCUUCUGCAUUCCAGUAUGAGGGAGCAGUGAAGGAGGAUGGAAGGGGACCAACUAUUUGGGACAUUUUUUCACACUCAGGGAUAAUAUUCGAUGGCACUAAUGCUGAUGUUGCUGUGGAUCAGUACCAUCGCUAUGCUGAAGAUGUACAACUUAUGAAGGACAUGGGGAUGGAUGCUUAUAGAUUUUCAAUAGCUUGGUCUCGGAUAUUCCCUAAUGGUACGGGAGAAAUAAAUCAGGCAGGUGUUGAUCAUUACAAUAAUCUGAUCAACGCUUUACUUGCUCAAGGAAUUGAACCAUACGUGACCCUUUACCACUGGGAUCUUCCUCAAGCAUUGGAGGACAAGUACAUUGGAUGGCUUGAUCCACAAAUUAUAAAGGACUUUGCUAUGUAUGCUGAGACAUGCUUUGAGAAAUUUGGCGACAGGGUGAAGCAUUGGAUCACAUUUAAUGAACCUCAUACAUUUACCAUACAAGGCUAUUAUGUAGGACUUGAAGCACCGGGGCGCUGCUCAUCUAUCUUGUGCAAGGUUGGAAACUCUUCAACUGAGCCUUACAUAGUUGCCCACAACGUUCUCCUUUCUCAUGCAACUGUUGCAGACAUUUACAGGAAAAAUUACAAGGAUAAACAAAAUGGAUCAGUUGGGAUAUCAUUGGAUGUUAAGUGGUAUGAACCAGAGACGAAUGCUACAGAAAACAUUGAAGCAGCUGAAAGGGCCCAAGAUUUUCAGCUUGGCUGGUUUCUUGACCCAUUGAUCUUCGGAGAUUAUCCAAGCUCAAUGAGAAGCAGAGUAGGAAGCCGGCUUCCCAAUUUUACUAAAUCUGAGUCAGCUCUUCUUAAGGGGUCAUUUGAUUUUAUUGGCAUCAAUCAUUACACUACGUAUUACGCAAGGGAAAAUGCAACUAAUUCACUUGAUGAUUUACUUAACGACUCUGUAACAGACGCUGAUGCCUAUACAAUACCUUUCAAAGAUGGGAAGCCUAUAGGAGAUAAGGCAAAUUCUAUAUGGUUAUACAUAGUACCCCGUGGCAUGAGAAGCCUAAUGACAUACAUCAAGGAGAAGUAUGGAAACCCUCUAGUCAUUAUCACAGAAAAUGGUAUGGAUGACCCAAAUAGCCCAUUUAUCCCCAUUGAAGACGCUCUGAAGGAUGAGAAAAGAAUCAAAUACCAUACUGAUUACUUAACUAACCUGCUAGCUGCUAUGGAGGAAGAUGGUUGCAAUGUCAAAGGGUAUUUUGCAUGGUCUCUACUGGAUAACUGGGAAUGGAUAGCCGGGUUCAGUUCAAGAUUUGGUCUGUAUUUUGUGGACUACAAUGACAACCUCAAGAGAUACCCCAAGGACUCAGUUUCAUGGUUCAAGAACUUCCUGGCAUCUGCUUAAAAAAUUGGAGAAGAAAAUGAAAGUCAACUGUACCAUUUCUAACAAACACAUUGUUGUCAUGUCAGCAUAUAAAACAAAAACAGAUAGGUUAAUAAAAUCAAGCAGCUUUGUAUGAUCCUUAUCAAAAUAAGAUAUGGGAAUGAUAUUUGUUUAAUGCAUACAAGUUCUCCUUC